AAUGUAAUAUGGCGCAACUUUGAAUAAGGUCAAUUUCUGUUCCAUUGCGUAGAAAAUUCGAGAGGGAUAUUGUAACGUGCGACUGGCAACCCGGCGUUUUAAUGUGACGUAAGUUGUACUGCGCGUCGUGCAGCAACAAAGCGGAGACACAUCUGCUCUCUGAAAUCCAUGAAAAUGGAGGACACGGAAGGCAAGAUGCUCUCCGAGAAGGAUCAGAAUCCAGAGCCUUUCCUGAGCUCCCUGGAUAUCUUCCUUUUCUCUCUCAUUGCUGGACUGUUUAUCUACUGGUUCUUCUUCCGAAGAAGACCAGAGCCCGUCCCAGAGUUAAGGACUGUGACCACUUCAGCAUCACAACCAAUUCGUGAGACCAGCUUUAUUGAAAAAUUGAAGAAAACUAACCGAAACAUUGUGGUGUUUUACGGAUCCCAAACAGGGACGGCUGAGGAGUUUAGUAACAGGUUGGCAAAAGAUGCCCAUCGUUAUGGGAUGAAAGGAAUGGCAGCUGACCCAGAGGAGUAUGACAUGUCCGAGCUGUCUAGAUUGAAAGAGAUUCCAAAUUCCUUGGCUGUAUUCUGUAUGGCAACCUAUGGAGAGGGAGACCCCACGGACAAUGCCCAGGAGUUCUAUGACUGGAUGCAGGGCACUGACGACAAUCUAGAGGGCGUAAAUUUUGCUGUGUUUGGUUUAGGAAAUAAAACCUAUGAGCACUUUAAUGCCAUGGGCAAGUACAUAGACAAGAGGCUUGCUGAACUUGGUGGGAAAAGGGUUUUUGACCUGGGACUUGGGGACGAUGACAGCAACUUGGAGGAGGAUUUUAUCUCAUGGAAGGAACAGUUCUGGCCUGCAGUUUGUGAGUUUUUUGGCGUGGAGGCCACAGGAGAAGACAGCAGUAUUCGGCAGUUUGAACUGGUGGUCCAUAAUGACAUCAAUAUGAAUCAAGUGUACACAGGAGAGAUGGGGCGGCUCAAAAGCUUCCAGACACAGAAACCGCCUUUUGAUUCAAAGAAUCCUUUCCUCGCACCUGUGACUGUUAAUCGUAAGCUGAACAAAGGAGGAAGCCGCCAUCUAAUGCACAUAGAAUUGGAUAUUUCUAACUCUAAAAUCAGAUAUGAUGCUGGAGAUCAUGUUGCAGUUUACCCCACAAAUGAUGCGGCAGUGGUCAACAGAAUAGGAGAAAGACUUGGAGUAGAUCUUGAUACUGUCAUCUCUCUCAAAAACUUGGAUGAGGAAUCCAAUAAAAAGCACCCAUUCCCGUGUCCAACCACGUACCGCACGGCACUGACCCAUUACCUCGAUAUCAACAACCCGCCACGCACAAAUGUACUGUAUGAGCUGGCACAGUAUGCCACUGAUCCCAAAGAACAGGAAAUCAUGCGCAAGGUGGCCUCUGCCUCACCAGAAGCAAAGGCUCUAUACCAGAACUGGGUUGUGGAUUCCGAGAGGAACAUCCUGGCUAUUCUAGAAGAUCUACCAUCCGUGCACCCUCGUAUAGACCACAUGUGUGAACUUCUGCCUCGACUUCAGGCUCGAUACUAUUCCAUCGCCUCCUCCGCCAAGGUCCAUCCAACCUCUGUGCACAUCUGUGCGGUGGUGGUCGAGUACACUACCAAAACAGAAAGAGUCUUCAAAGGUGUGGCUACCAACUGGCUAAAGAACAAAGUUAUUACUGACAAUGGCCACAAGCCCACCGUUCCCAUGUAUGUUAGAAGAUCCCAAUUCCGUCUGCCCUUCAAAGCCAGUAAUCCUGUGGUCAUGAUCGGACCCGGAACUGGCAUUGCCCCCUUCAUGGGCUUCAUUCAGGAGAGAGCAUUGCAGAAAGAACAAGGAAAAGAUGUUGGUGAGACGAUACUUUACUUUGGUUGUCGCCACAAAAACGAGGACUUCCUGUAUCAGCAGGAACUAGAGGAUUUUGAGAGGGUGGGUGUGCUGACACAGCUUAAUGUUGCCUUUUCAAGAGAUCAGGAGCAAAAGGUCUAUGUACAACAUCUACUGAAGAAGAACAAGGAGCACUUGUGGAAAAUUAUACACUCAAAUAAUGCCCACAUAUAUGUUUGCGGAGAUGCACGUAACAUGGCUCGGGAUGUCCAGACGGCCUUUCAUGAGAUUGCCCAGGAGGUGGGCGGCCUGACACACACUCAGGCUGUGGACUAUUUCAAGAAGCUGAUGACCAAGGGACGAUACUCACAAGAUGUUUGGAGUUAAACCAACUAACACACCAAUACAUGCCACUAUACCUCAGAUGAUUUGUUUCCUUAAAUAGUAUAGCUAGAGCUAAAUGUAGCGCUGAAAAUAUCUGUGUUUGCAUGCACCUGAAAUGACUGAUUUGUUUGUCAGGUUGUGAUGAACUGAGUUACUGCACAGGGACAAAUUCUUCAGUAGUCAGAACCAUCACACUAAAUGGCAUUAGUUUUAAACAUUCUUCUUUGAAAUUGUAAUAUUUAUUAUCAUACUCUGAUUGACUUUGCUGAAAAUUCAAUUAGAUGCAUUUAAUUAUAUACAAACUACAGCUACAUUAAACUUGUUUUGCUGAAUUUGUACCCUAAGCAGUAUUAGAUGUCCACUUUUGAGGAAAUGUAGGUCAAGUACGCAAAUGGUUUCUCCGUUUCUUUUUCGAGUGAGGCCUUAUAAAGAAUAUUUGUGUAUAUAUUCUGUCAUGUUCUUUGUAUUUUAUCCCUGUAUUAAAAGACUGCAAAUAUCGCUUGUUGUAAUGUAUUACAUACAUGAUUAGAAUUUUCGAUUAACUUUCAUGUAUUGUAAUGCAUUAACAGAAUUCAACAAUUUUAGGUCAGUUUUUUUGUCAUGUGAUGUUUGUUUGUUACUACUGGACUUAUUUCUUGUGGUUUGAAUAUGUUUUGCCACUCAUUUUAACUCGUUUUAUGCAUCUUUUCCUAGAAACACUAUGGUAACUGAGUGAGCAAUUAUGCAAUCAACAUGACUUCCAUGAUUGGGCAAAGUGUCACUUAUUCCCUUAUAUUUAUUUUCAAUGUUAUUUAACAUUUUAAGCAAACUUGUCAGCUGUUCAUGGUCAGAUCAAGUCCCUGAAAAAUUUAUUGAAUAUGAUUUUCCAUAACAGUUUAAAAGGUGCAUUCAUAAAGGGAAAAAUACACUCACUGAGCACUUUAUUAGGAACACUAUGGUCCUAAUAAAGUGCCUGACGUGUUGUUCUGCUGUUGUAGCCCAAUCACCUCAAGGUUCGACGUGUUGUGCAUUCUGAGAUGCUAUUCUGCUCACUACAAUUGUACAGAGCGGUUAUCUGAGUUACUGUAGCCUUUCUGUCAGCUUGAACCAGUCUGGCCAUUCUCUGUUGACCUCUCUCAUCAACAAGGCAUUUCCUUCCGCAGAACUGCCGCUCACUGGAGGUUUUUUGUUUUUGGCACCAUUCUGAGUAAACUCUAGAGACUGUUGUGCGUGAAAAUCCCAGGCUAUCAGCAGUUACAGAAAUACUUAAACCAGCCCAUCUGGCACCAACAAUCAUGUCACGGUCAAAAUCGCUGAGAUCACAUUGUUCCCCAUUCUGAUGGUUGAUGUAAACAUUAACUGAAGCUCCUGAACCAUAUUUGCUUGAUUUUAUGCAUUACAUUGCUGCCACACGAUUGGCUCGUUAGAUAACUACAUGAAUAAGUAGGUGUACAGGUGUUCCUAAUAAAGUGCUCAGUGAGUGUAUAUGGUUUUAAUAUCCUUUUCCUAUGGUUUUGAUUUGACAUCAGUUGACUGCUUCUCAGUGUAGCCUCCUGGUGAGCUAGUGCUGCAACUGCAUUACAAUCCCUAGCCACUGGGUAAUGUCACUUGCACAUAGGCUUUGUGCAACAAUGUGUUCUAAUGUGUUCAUGCAAUGUAUAAAAAUUAAACAAUAUGCUCAAACCAUG